AUGCCCUCCACUCGCAGGCAGUCCGCUCAACUAGGUGAGGAACUUCUACACGGCCUUACCCAAAAGAAGCGUAUUCGCAAGGCCAGUGGUAUGAUCAAUGCUAGUAAUGAUGGCAUUAAGAAGGUCACGAAGAAGAACCUAGAUGCAAAGAGUUCCAAGGCUAAUACAUUGACCACCUCGAAGAAGGGAAAAAAGAAGGUCAAGAAGCAAGACCCGAAUUUGUCUCAUGUUAAGCUUGCAAACAUGCUUCUCAACCCUGAUAAGAAUCCCACAUACCCUGAACGGACUCCGCAGCAGGGGAACCUAAAACCUGCACAGCAAAAUUGGGAAUCGAACAAGGAUGUUAUCACCAAUCCCGCCGACUUGCCCGAAGGAUGGACUGCGGACGAGGCAGAUCUUGAUCCCAAUGAUAUUGGAGCUCAAAUUGCGAGAUGCGAACAGCGCAUUGAAGAAGGAAUCAUGCCCGAGGUAUUCGAAAUUAGAUUGCAGCAAUAUCAAGAGAUGAGGGAUGAAGAAAAAGAGAUGUAUGAGGCUGAGCCCAACGGGCUUAGUUGGGAAGUUAUUCAGCGCCUCGAUGCCUUGAAACAAGUACGGGACUCUCUCGAAGAGGAACAAGAAGAAGGAUUGUGUGCAGGAAAUGAAGAAGAUGAAGAAAUUGAACAAAAGCUUUCGAAUGUGAGAGCCAUCAUCACUGCCUACAGGGCCAAAGCCUUGGAAUGGGAUGAAGAUAACGUGUCGUAUUGGGCAAACGGAAAGCUCGUUGCUGGGCCCAAAGUGCUAGAUAUGCCAGAGGUAUACACUCUGAGUGACAAGUAUGGCUCAGCGGGAUUUUGGGUGGAAGGAGUUGAUGGUACCAAGCCGGGCACGAUGAAUGUAUUUUUCACUCUGCCGCCAACCUAUCCAGGACUGGCCAUGCAAAGGAUUGACAUCACCCUCCGAAAUCCUGCUGUUGGGGCACAAAAGUCAGCCCAGACAUCAAUGACCUUUGACUUCCUCUUGGAUUCUGGUGCUUCAGCACUGCGCAUGUUUGAGACGGACCGGCAACAACUCGAACAAUUGUCUGGGGCACCGGUGCCUACUUUAAGCACCCAAUUCUAUAGCACCGCGUCCGGAAAAUUAAGGACCGAGAAUAUAUGCCUGCAAGCGAUGAUCCAUCGCCAGGGUCAACCAAUUUUUCCCACUUGGGUCGAUAUUAAGUGCGCUUUAAGCGCCGGCGGCCCAUCGCCAGGUCGGGACCGACUGUCAGGGGUCUGGCUGUAUCAUUUGUUAUUUGUGAUGUCGAUGCCGGAUAACACUCAUUCGACACACAUCGGUACCGAUAUUUACGAGAUGCUGAACACUCUACCUGUUCCCGAUAUCAGAAAUGCGGUUGGAUUGUCUCUGCAAUGA